GACAGGGGGCGAUCUUAACCCGCGCGCUGCAUCUCUCCCUACCUUACGGUUCAGGGCUGACAGCGUGCUUGUGUUUUUAAACCUCAUAUGGGUUUCCUUUAAUCGUACAAGGAUACCAAAAGUGAACGGAGACCAACAUGAGGAACCUGAAGCUGCUGAAGUGUCUGCGCUCUCUUGAGCUGCAGAGUCCAGGCUGCCCGCAGUGUCUCUCUGUCAGGACGGACACCGGCUCUCUCCUGAUCGCCUCUCAGUUCUCCAUCACUGAGUACGACCCUCGGACAGGGCAGGUGUUGAAUGAGGUGUCCCUGACUGCUGAGGACUAUCUUCCAGAGGAUGGUGAAGGUGUUUUGGUAGGUAUUCAGGACCUGCCGGAACAGGAAUCAGUCUGUGUGGCCACAGCGCGUGGUGAUGUCAUUCUGUACAACCUCAGCACUAAUCAGUUGGAGUGUGUUGGUACUGUGGACAGUGGUCUGACGGCAAUGAGUUGGAGUCCAGACCAGGAGUUAGUGACAUUCUGUACAGGCCAGGAGACGAUUAUCUUGAUGACCAAAGACUUUGAGCCCAUAACUGAGGUGGCCAUUCAUCAGGAUGAGUUUGGGGAAGGUAAAUUCAUCACAGUUGGAUGGGGGAAGAAGGAAACUCAGUUUCAUGGCUCAGAGGGGAAACAGGCUGCUCAGAGGAAGACUGCAGAUGUGCAGCCUGCUUUGCUGUGGGAUGAUCACAGACCGAGGAUUACAUGGAGAGGUGAUGGGCAGCUGUUUGCAGUCAGUGCCAUCUGCAGUCAGACUGGGGCCAGAAAAGUCAGAGUGUGGAACCGAGAAUGCAUCCUGCAGGCGACCAGUGAGGCUAUCAAUGGCCUUGAACAACCUCUCUGUUGGAAACCCUCAGGCAGCCUGAUAGCCUCAACUCAGCGGCACCCUAACAAACAUAGUGUUGUGUUCAUGGAAAAGAAUGGCCUGCUUCAUGGAGACUUCACUCUGCCCUUUGCCAAGGAUCAGGCUAAAGUGAAAGAGUUGCUUUGGAACAGUGACUCCACAGUGCUAGCUGUCUGGCUCGAAGACAUGAAUCCAGGAGACGAUGGCAACCCCAACACAUACAUUCAGCUGUGGACAGUAGGGAAUUAUCACUGGUACCUAAAGCAGAGCCUGCAUUUCGGAAGAGACCCCUUGAAGGCCCCCGCGUGUGUAUGCUGGGACCCAGAGAAGCCCCUACGUCUGCACCUGCUGAGUCAAGGCUGGGCCAGCUACACCUAUGACUGGGGCUGGUGCACAGACCGUAGCCCUGGAGAUGAUUCACAGGACAGUGCCAAUGUGGCAGUGAUUGAUGGAGAUAAAGUUUUAGUGACAACGUUUCGUCAGUGUGUGGUGCCUCCGCCCAUGUGUUCCUAUGAGCUACAACUUCCUGCUGCCGUCAAUCUGGUCACCUUCCACUCACAGACUCAAAGGACCAAUGAGCUUGCUGCAUUAACAGCUGACUGCCGUCUGCAUAUCUACAGCCAAGGUUCUGAAGCAAGUGGGCCUGUUGCAUCUGGGUUUAGAGUUGUAUCUGAACCACCUGUCUUACAGAGGACAUACAGUGUUGUAGUUGACCAGGAGGGGGUGCUGGCUGUGCGCUUGCUGCUGUGGCUGAAAGAAGAUGUGUUUGUGGCAGUGUUGUGUGGAGAUGGCCUAACCGAGUCACACCUGCUCGUCCUCAAACCAGCAGAGACUCAGGGCUCUGAACACAGGCUGGAGAUUAGUUCACAGGUCCAGGUGGAAGGUCAUGUGAUUAGUCUAUGCCACAGCCUGAAGAGCGACACAUUGGCCCUGCAGCUGGAGGAUGGUCAGAUUAGGAGAGUGCACUGGGACUCCACAGAGGUGACAGUAAAAGAAUGGAAGGAUCCUACUGGUUACAAUGUUAACUUCCCCCUGCCCUGUCUACACAAUGCACUGUGCACCAUCAAUGGACAGGAGCAUUUAAUAGGUCUCACCGAGAGAUACCACCUUUAUUUUGGUGACUGUGAGGUGGCUUCUAAUAUUUCCUCUUUUGUGGUGUAUGGCGAGUUCCUCCUGCUCACCACACAUGCACACACCUGCCGCUGUCUCCACCUGACCACUAUGUCCAUCAGAGAUCUGAAGGCUGCUCUAAGUUCAGAAGCAACUCAAAAUGAUGAGAGCGUGCGCAAAGUGGAGAGAGGCUCUCGCAUUGUUACUGUGGUGCCGCAGGACACCAAACUCAUCCUACAGAUGCCACGUGGUAACCUAGAGACCAUCCAUCAUCGAGCACUUGUGCUGGCUCAACUCAGGAAGUGGCUUGAUGAUCUGAAAUUUAGAGAUGCUUUUGAGUGCAUGAGGAAGCUGCGGAUCAACCUCAACCUCAUCUAUGACCACAAUCCCAGUGUGUUUUUAGGGAAUGUUGAGACAUUUCUGAAGCAGAUAGAUUCAACCAACUACAUCAACCUUUUUCUUACAGAGCUUAAGGAGGAAGAUACCACCAAGACAAUGUACCCUUGUCCAAUGAGUGCUGCAUGCCAAUCAGCUUCAGGAAGUGGAGGAGGGGGCAAGAAGAAAGUGGACACUGUCUGUGACGCACUGCGGUCAUCUAUGGAAACGCUCGAUCCACAAAAAUUUUGUUUGUGCAUUUUGACCUCACAUGUGAAGAAGACCACGCCAGAGCUGGAGGUUGCACUACAAAAGGUCCGCGAGUUACGUGUGAACCCACCCACUGCAAAGAAUGCUGCAAGUGCUGAGGAGGCCCUGAAGUAUCUUUUGUUUCUGGUUAAUGUAAAUGAGCUGUAUGAACACUCUUUGGGAACCUACGAUUUCGACCUGGUGCUUAUGGUAGCAGAAAAGUCCCAGAAGGACCCUAAAGAGUACCUUCCCUUCCUGAACAUGCUGAAAACCCUGGAGCCUAAUUACCAGCGCUACACGAUCGACAAACACCUGAAGAGAUAUAAAAAAGCCUUGCAUCACCUCAGCAAGUGUGGUGAGGAGCACUUCACUGAGGCGUUGAACCUGGUUAAGGACCAGAGACUGUACAUCGAAGCUAUGCAGCUCUACCCCUCAGACAGUCCGCAGCACAAGGUGCUGAGUGUGGCCUAUGCAGAGCACCUUAUGGAACAGCAGCAGGCUGAGCAGGCAGGGCUGCUGCUAUGGCGAUGUGGAGAGAUGGCCUGUGCCCUGCAGGCUUUUGUUAGCUGCACAAGUUGGAGACAUGCCCUAGCUGUGGCAACCCAUAUCCCUCUGCCACCUGAACAGCUGGCGCAGCUUGCCCGAGAUCUGGCAGAGAAACUUCUGGAAGUGAGACGACAUACCGAGGCUGCUCUGCUGUUGGAGCAAUAUGCUAAGGACUGUGAGGAGGCUAUCUCUGCUCUGAUAGAGGGAUGUGCAUGGGAGGAAGCCCUCAGACUAAUUUACCUUUAUAGCAGACAGGAUAUCACUGAAACCCAUCUGAAGCCUGCCCUUUUGGAAGUUCACAGUAAUCAGGUGGCCUUCUUGGAGUCUCAGAAGGCUCUCUUCACACGGCACAAAAACCGGCUGGCUGUGGUGCGAGAGCAGAAGGCAAAGGCUAGGCUGGAGCUCAUUGAUGAGGAUGGUCCUGACUGUGCAGAUGCUGAGUUGUACUCUGAGGCCAGCAGUGUCCUGACCGGCAGCCGUAUUGGAUCAAAAUACUCACAAAGCAACUCCCGCAUCUCUACGAGGUCUUCUAAGAACCGCAGGAAAGCAGAAGGAAAGAAGCACAGUUUAAAGGAGGGAAGCCCUUUUGAGGAUAUUGCCCUUCUCCAUGCCCUCAUUCAGAUCAUCCAUGUUGUUGACAAGAUGAGGGAGGAGAUCCACAGUCUGCUGAAGGCUCUGGUCCUGUUUCAGUUUGACAUGCUGGCCAGCAACCUGCAGGCACACUACAGUGAGCUGCUCCAGCUCAUGGAGAAGGGCAUCCCAGAGAUCUGGAACGAGGGCCUUCAACAGGGCCAAACACUGAUCACAGGCCCUAACUCAACUGCCAACAGCAUCAUGGCUUCUUUUCAGCAGCCCAGACCAUCCAGAGUGCACCAGCAAGAUGCAGAAAUCCUGAUACCACCUAAGAUGAGACAAUCUGUCAAAUGGAAGCUCUGUAUAUUGAAGUAAUUGUUGUUGUUGUUGUUGUUGUUUGCAAAUGAAUAAAACACAUUUUACAGUGUA